GAAAAGCCUCAGGAUCAGGAGAACUGACUAGUGAACAUUAAAAUGGCAACCCAGGAGUCCUCUGAUGAGAGGAUUUCCCAGUUUGAUGAUGCUACAAUUGCGGAGAUGUCUGCUCUACUAGGCCCAAAAGCGAUGAUCUAUAUAAAGGAGAUGGAGGAGGAGCAACAUAGAGAGUGCAUGAAAAUGAAGAAAGGCUUUAACUCACAAAUGCGAAGCGAAGCAAAAAGGUUAAAGACCUUUGUCACCUAUGAGUCCUACAGUUCAUGGACACCAAGGGAGAUGGCAGCAGCUGGGUUUUACCUCACUGGCGUAAAAUCCGCGGUUCAGUGCUUCUGCUGUAGCUUAGUCCUCUUUAACACCAGUGUCCAGAAAUUACCCUUGGAAGAGCACAAGAAGUUUCGUCCCAAUUGUGAGUUCCUUUUGGGCAAAGAUGUUGGUAACAUUGCCAAGUAUGAUAUCAGAGUAAGGAAUCCAGAAGACAAGCUGAGAGGAGACAAAGCAAGGUACCAGGAAGAGAGGGCCAGGCUGGAAUCCUUCGAAAACUGGCCAUUUUAUGCCCAAGCAAUAUCCCCAAGAGAGCUCUCAACUGCUGGGUUUGUCUUUACAGGUAAACGGGACACUGUGCAGUGCUUUUCUUGUGGUGGAUGUUUAGGAAACUGGGAAGAAGGAGAUGAUCCUUGGAAGGAACAUGCCAAGUGGUUCCCCAGAUGUGAGUUUCUUCAAAGUAAGAAAUCUUCAAAAGAAAUUGCCCAGUAUAUUGAGAGCUACAAAGGAUUUGUUGGCGUCACGGGAGACCAUUUUGUGAAUUCCUGGGUCAAGAGAGAUUUACCUAUACCACCAGGUAAUGACUCAGACAUAUUCAGAUUUGUAAUGUGGUGGCAGCAGGAACCCCAGGGUUAUUGCAAUGACAGCAUCUUUGCUAAUGAAGAACUACGACUGGACUCUUUUAAGAACUGGCCCCAGGCAUCCCCUGUGGGAGUGGCAGCUCUGGCCAAAGCAGGUCUUUUCUAUACAGGGAUAAAGGACAAACUUCAAUGCUUUUCCUGUGGAGGAUAUUUGAAGUGGAAGGAAGGUGAUGGCCCAUUAGAAGACCAUGCCAAAUAUUUUCCAAAUUGUCUGUUUCUCCAAAAUAUGAAGUCCUCUCCAGAAGUGAUUCCAGACCUUCAGAGUGAUGGGGAACUUUCUGAAGUAACGGAUAUCACAAGUGAAAGCUGUCUUGAAGAUUCAGCAGCUGAUAGUUCUAUAGUACCAGAGACGGUCCAGGUUGAAACCCAGUGGUUUGAGGAGGCAAAGCAUCUGAGUGAGCGCCUGAGAAAAGCGUACACCAGGGCCAGUUUCUACCACACUUCUUUGCUUAAUGGCUUUUCUUCUCUCUCCACUAAUGAGUUGCUGGGUUGUGAUCUGUCCCUUGCUUCAAGACACAUCGCCAGUCCUGUGCAAGGACCUGUGGUGCUACCUGAGGUCUUUGCCAGCUUGAACACUGUCAUGUGUGUGGAGGGUGAAGCAGGCAGUGGAAAGACGGUCCUUCUGAAGAAAAUAGCUCUUCUAUGGGCAACAGGAUGCUGUCCCUUGUUAAAUAGGUUCCAGCUGGUCUUCUAUCUCUCCCUUAGCUCUACCAGACGGGAGCAGGGGCUGGCUGACAUCAUUUGUGACCAGCUCCUAGGGAUGGAUGGAUCUGUUGCUGAAAUAUGCCUGAGGAACAUAAUUCAGCAGUUAAAGAAUCAGGUGUUAUUCCUUCUGGAUGAGUACAAAGAAAUGUGCUCAAUCCCACAAGUCAUAGAAAAACUGAUUCAAAAAAACCACUUUUCAAAAACCUGCUUAUUAAUUGCCAUCCAUACAAACAGGGGAAGGGACAUCUGCCGAUACCUAGAUACCAUUCUAGAGAUCAAAGUGUUUCCCUUUUAUAAUACAGUCUCUAUAUUACGGAAGCUCUUUCCUCAUAAUGUAACCCAUCUGCGAAAGUUUAUGAUUCACUUUAGGAUGAAAGUAAGUGUGAUGGACUAUUUCAGAACCCCACUCUUGGUGGCAGUACUCUGUACUGUGUUUGAGUAUUCUUCUCACGAGACCUUUAAUGAGCUGGUGUUCAAGUCCUACAUGGAAUGCCUUUCCUUCAAGCACAAAAGGACAAUUGACUUCAAAGAAAACGUGUCCUCCUGUGGUGAGCUGGCCUUGAAAGGGUUUAUGGCAGCUUGUUUUGCAUUUAAUGAGGAUGACCUUAAUGAAGCAGGAAUUGAUGAAGAUCGAGCCAUGUACCUGAUGAGCAAAUUCACAGCCCAAAGGCUGAGACCUGUCUAUCAGUUUUUAAAUCGUGCAUUUCAAGAAUUUCUUGCUGGAAUGCGGCUGGUUGAACUCCUUGAUUCUGAUAGGCAAGAAGAUCAAGAUUUGGGACUUUAUUAUUUGAAACAAAUCAACUCAUCCAUAAUGAUUAAAAGUUAUGAUAACAAAUUUUUGGAUUAUGUCUCCUGCUUCUCUUCAACAAAGGCAGCACCAAAAAUUGUAUCUCAUUUGCUUCUUAUGUUGGAUAAUACAGAGUCAUUGGAGAAUAUAUCUGAAAAUGAUGAAUACCUGAGGCAGCAUCAGGAAAUUUCAGACAUGAUGUCUGUUACUAGGCUAUUGUUUCAAUUAUGCCCACAAAGUUACUUUUCACUUGCUUCAGAACAUAUACUGGCUGUUGCCAUAAAAAUUGCUUAUCAAAGCAACACUGUUGCUGCAUGUUCUCCAUUUAUUUUGCAAUUCCUUCAAGGGAAAACCCUCACUUUGAAUCAACUUAAGUUACAGUAUUUUUAUGACCACCCAGAAAGCCUAUUAUUGUUGAAGAGUAUCAAGGUCUCCAUAACAGGAAAUAGAAGGGCAUACAUACCAGAUCUUUCAAUCCUGGAAACAUGUAUGGACAAAUCACAGGCACCAACUACAGAUGAAGACUAUGCUUCUUCCUUUGAAGCUUUGAAUAAAUUGAUGCAGAAUAUAGCUGAAGAGAAAGACAUGGUUGAACUUCUGGAUAUGCAUUGCAGUGCACCACUAGACAUCUACAAUGGCUAUUGGAAACUUUCUCCAAAGCAGUACAAGAUUCCCCUUCUAGAAGUUCAUGUGACUGGCACUAAUGCUGUGGACCAGGAGAUGCUGGAGAGUUUAAUGGAAGUUUUCUCAGCCUCACAGCACAUUGAACUCUAUUUAAAGGAAAGCAAGGGCAUUAUUGAAAGCAUUCGCCCAGCUCUUGGACAGUUUAAGGACUCUUUCACCAAGUGCUCCUUAUACAAAUAUGAGCUGAGUACAGUAGAUCAGGAAUUGCUUCUCACCCUGCAUUCUCUGGAAUCUCUGGAAAUUUCAGAGACAACCCUGAUACAAGAUCAACUCUUUUCUAAUCUGGACAAGUUUCCGUGCCUGAAAGAAUUGUUUGUGAACCUGGAUAAAAAAGAUAAUGUUUUUAGAGCUAUUCCUGAAGAACUGAAUUUCCAACAUAUGAAGAAAUUAUUGAUCCACAGUUCAGCUGAGUAUGGGCUUUCCAAGCUAGUCAAAUUAAUUCAGAAUUCUCCAAAUCUUCACGUGUUACACCUGCAAUGUAAAAUCUUUUCGGAUUUUGAGUCUCUCAUGACUGCACUUGCCUCCUGCAAGAAACUCCAAGAAAUUAAGCUUUUUGGGCCAUAUUUUAAACCUGCUCCUUUUGUCAUUUCUUUGCCAAAUUUCACUUCUCUGAAGAUACUAAACCUUGGAAGCCAAAUAAUAACUGAUAAGGAAGCAUCAGAAAAAUUUGCCUAUGCUUUAGGCUCUCUUAGUAACCUGGAAGAACUGAUCCUUCCUGGGGGAGAUGGGAUUCAUCACGUUGGCAAGUUGAUUAUCCAGCAGUGCCAGCAUCUUCAGUGUCUCCGGGUUCUCUCAUGUUGCCAGAAUUUGGACGAUGACAGUGUGUUGGAAAUUGCCAAGGUAGCAAUCAUUGGAGGUUUCCAGAACCUUGAGAUCUUAAAUCUUUCAGUAAAUCACAAAAUCACAGAAGAAGGAUAUAAAAAUUUCUUUCAAACACUGGACAACCUGCCAAAAUUGCAGCAGCUGUGUAUAACCAGGCAUUUCACAAAUUGUAUCAAAACUCAAGCCACAACGCUCAAGUUUUUGAGUCAAUGUGUAUCACGACUGCCAAGCCUCACCCAUCUUCAUAUGGAAGGUUGGCUCCUGGAUGCAGAAGACAUUGCACUGCUUAAUGCCAUGAAAAACAAACAUCCUCAAUCUAAACGCUUAAAUAUACACUAUAAAUUGCUAAUGCCAUUCAAUCCAAUCAUUCAGAAGUAGAAGAUUUAAGUAGCAAAAAACUGCUGAUUCAAGAAAAUUUUUGUCAACAAUUCUGAAAACCCAAUUAUUCAACACAGUAUUAAUACUGCAUAUAAAAGAGCUUUUUUAAAAUGUGUAGUAAAAUAAAUUUCCCAACACCCUGGUUAUCAAGUGAUGAGGUUUAAGAAACAGAUUAUUACAGCACGUCCGAAAUCUCUGAAUGUUCUUCCCCAUCUAAAGUUAAGCCCCUAAAUCAGUUUUAUACAAAUAAAUGUCUAUUUCUAGAGUAAGGCAUCAGGUUGAGGUUAACUAUGGUGACAUAAAAUAGAAGUGCCAAAGGGAGGAAUUAGGAAGAGGUGCACUGACCAAUGUUAAAAUCAACAUAUGGAAAAAAAAUAUUCAAGUUAUAUAUGAAAUGGUUAAUUUAAGGAUUGCAUCUGUCUCACAUACAGGUCACAUGACUUUAUAGGAACAGAGUUCCAAUGGAUCUGUUGUAGGCCAAGAAAUAGUUCUUAAUUCUUGUAGCACAUAUGUAUUAUUUAUUUAAUAUCUACUGCCAAUGUUUAGAAAUUAAAGGAAAAUGCUGUUAUUUCAGAGGCUUUGUUUCAAUGCAUUACAUAAGCAAAACUUGAAGAACAGAAUUUAGCUAAAUUUUUAUUCUCUCGAAUACUGGGAAUUUUAGAUAACCACGUCUGAGAGUUCAUCAUAUGCACUUAAUGGCAUUAGAAUUUUCUUAUGAAUAUACUCUGCUCAGGGAAAAAGAUUUGUCUUCAGUGAUUUCAUAUUGCUCAAAGUAUCACUUCUGAUAUCAAAGUCUACAUUUACAUCUGCGUCCAUUUCUGUCAUUUAAGAGUAGAUUUUUUUCAAAGGCUGGAAGGCCAUUUCCAAUUCACAAUGUUAGUAUAAAUUAGAAAACAUUCUCUUACCCUAACUUUUAUUCUUACUAAGGUCAAAAUUAGUCCUCCAACUUUCCUUAAGUCUAAGUCAUCGGGACAUUAUGUAUAGUAUUAUCCCAUUUGUUUAAAAUAUAUACUCUGUGUGAAAAUGUUUACUUGCACUUAGAUACAUACGUACGAAUGAAUCAAACUUCACAAAAUAACUUUAUAAAACAAAGCUGUAAUGGAUUAUGACUUUACUAAGAUCCAAAUAUGUGUAAUAAAAACUUAGA